AAGGCGGCAUGAGCUUUGCAGGGACGUAAGCCACCCACACACAAGGCUGCUUAUAAAUGGCAGACUAAGGUGGCGUGAGCGUUUAUAUUUAGGUUGUAAAAGCUACAACGCUAGCUGAAGAGAGCAAGAAGUAAAUUCAGCACACGGCUGCAGAGAGAGAUGGCGCUGGCUAGCGCAAGAAGUAGCCUGGAGAUCGUGCCCUACAGCGGCGAUCUUGAGGAGCCGCCGGUGGACGUCAAGCGGCAGGACUCUCUCUUCCGUGACGCCACCAGACCUGCCCACGCCGGCCACCAUGGACAGGAUAGCUGGUUGAGGACGCUGCGGCUGGGGUUCCAGUGCGUGGGGAUCCUGUACGCCGACCUGGGCACGUCUCCGCUCUACGUCUACUCCAACACCUUCAAGUACGGCAUCCGCCACGAGGACGACGUCCUGGGCGUCCUCUCCCUCAUCAUCUACAGCUUCCUGCUCUUCGCCAUGGUCAAGAUCGUCUUCAUCGCCCUGCACGCCAACGACGACGGCGACGGUGGAACGUUCGCUCUGUACUCGUUGAUCUCGCGCUAUGCCAAGGUGGCCCUGAUACCGAAUCAGCAGGCGGAGGAUGAGCUUGUGUCAAGGUACAACAACUAUGGGAAGCCGUCGGCGACGCUGAGGAGAGCGCAAUGGAUGAAGAACCUGCUGGAGGCGAGCAAACCAGCAAAGCUUUUGCUCUUCUUCCUCACCAUCUUUGCCACGGCGCUCGCCAUCAGCGACUGCAUGCUAACCCCUCCCAUCUCCGUGCUUUCGGCGGUGAACGGCCUGAGGCUGAGAGCACCUCAUCUCACAACAGACCAAAUAGUAUGGAUCACAGUGGCAAUUCUGGUUGCGUUCUUCGCGGUGCAGCACCUCGGGACCGACAAGAUUGGGUACACAUUCGCUCCGGUUGUUGUCGUGUGGCUCCUCCUCAUCAGCGGCAUUGGGAUCUAUAACCUGAUCAAGUACGAUAUCGGCACCCUUAGAGCAUUCAACCCGAAGUACAUCAUCGAUUAUUUCCGAAGGAACAAGAAAAAAGGAUGGGUCUCACUUGGUGAAAUUCUUCUUUGCUUUACAGGCACAGAAGCCCUCUAUGCAGAUUUAGGAUACUUCAGCAUAAAGUCAAUUCAGCUGAGCUUUAGCUUUGGCUUGCUCCCAUCGGUGUUGCUCACUUAUAUUGGGCAAGCAGCUUACCUGAGGAAACACAUGGAUAUGCAAUACAUACCCAACGCUUUCUUCAAUUCCAUUCCAAGCCCUUUGUUCUGGCCAACGUUCGUCCUUGGGCUUACUACUUCAGUCAUCGGAAGCCAAGCCAUGGUGUCGUGCGCCUUUGCAACCAUGUCACAUCUACAGACACUAAGCUGUUUCCCAAGGGUGAAGAUACUGCACACAUCAAGGCGUUAUUCAGGCCAACUGUACAUCCCCGAAGUCAACUUCUUCCUUUGCCUAGCUUCUUGUAUCGUGACCAUAAGCUUCAGGACAACUGGUUUCAUCGCCAAAGCACAUGAAAUAUGUGUGGCCCUUGUGAUGGUGAUCACAACACUCCUGAUGACAAUUGUAAUGCUGCUAGUAUGGAAGGUAAACAUAUGGUGGAUCGUGGUCUUCUUCGCCGUAUUCUUCUCCACGGAGAGCAUCUACCUGUCGGCGGUGCUCUACCAGUUCACCAAGGGGCCCUACUUCCCCUUGGCCAUGUCUGCCGUUCUCAUGGUGAUCAUGAUCGUGUGGCACUACGUGCACGUGAAGAGGUACAAGUACGAGCUCCAGCACACGGUGUCGCCCAGCGAGGUGAAGCAGCUCCUGGAGCGGCACGACCUCAAGAAGGUCCCGGGGCUGGGCCUCUUCUACACGGAGCUGGUGCAAGGCAUCCCGCCCAUAUUCCCUCACCUCAUCGACAAGAUCCCCACCGUGCACUCCGUCAUCGUCUUCAUAUCCGUGAAGCACCUGCCGGUGCCCCACGUCGAUGUCUCGGAGAGGUUCCUCUUCCGGCAGGUGGAGCCCAAGGAGAGCAUGGUGUUCCGGUGUGUGGCUCGUUACGGGUACCGGGACACCCUCGAGAUGGCCAACGAGUUUGUUGCCACGCUUGUCGAGUACCUCCAAUACUAUGUCCGGGACCUCAGCCUCUACUGCACAGCCGAGCCACUCAAGACGAGCUACCCUAGCAUUCGGAUGGACAGCUUCCGUUGGGAGAAAAAGCCAUCAGGGCAUGGCCAUGGCAUUCAUGCGGAGGAGAUGCUUACACCGAUCCAAUCCUUUUCUGAGCUCACAAUGCAUCAAGUUGGUAUGAGUAGCCGACUGGCACAAUUCCAGACGGCCAAGAUGAAUCUAGAGGAGAUGUUGAAGAUUGAGGAGGAUCAAAAGGUGAUCCAAAGGGAGGUGGAUAAUGGUGUGGUUUACAUACUCGGGGAAACUGAAGUGGUUGCCAAGCCUCAUUCCAACCUCCUUAAGAAGAUUGCUGUAAACUACAUCUUCAACUUCCUGAGGAAAAACUCGAGGAAAGGAGAGAAGAUGUUGUCCAUCCCACGUGGGCAACUGCUCAAAGUUGGCAUCACAUAUGAGAUCUAAAUUCAUUCAGAAACAGGAUUGUCAGAUUGAUUAUGUGCACAAAGUUGUAGAACUCUGUAACAUGCAUGCCAAGUAUUGCGAAGAGACUCUGCCUCUGUUGGUUGGUGCCUUGGUGGGAUUGCUGAUGGGCCUGCGGGCAUGCCUACAUAUCAAUAUGUGGGUAGAUAUAGAUCGUCCUCUAGCUAGAAAUUAGGGUCUAGCGGAUGCCACCGUGAUAUACAUAUGAUAUGUUGUAUCUUGUAUGCAAAUAUACUCCUUCAGUCGUGCUCUGGUACACUCUUUCAAUAAGUUUUAAAAGGGUAUUCCAGUCCA